AUGGCAUCGGAGACUGACAGUACUCCCCUUACUGGCGAAGAUGCCAUCAUAGUAUUCGGAGUUCUCGACAGUUACUUCAACGAGAUAAUAGUUUAUGCGCUCAUGCAUGGAAUAUAUACAUGCGUCUUCGCUGUCACCCUUUGGAACAUCUUUUCAAGUAAAACUCAAGGCGGCGUGUCUAGGCUUCUGAUGGUCCUAGUUAUCGUCCUGCUCUAUGUCCUGAGUACUAUCGCGUUCUCAACCCUGUGGUUCUUCGUCCACUUUGGUUUCAUCGAUAACGGUCAAACUGCAUCGACUGUGUUUGAUGGGCUCACAGGCUUUAAUAGUCAGUGGAAUGUGGUCCAGACGAUCGAGGGCGUCGUAGGCAUCAUUGCUGUCUUCAUUUCUGAUGGGGCUAUGAUUUGGCGCUGCUGGGUCAUCUGGGGUGGACGCUGGUUUAUAGUAUUCAUCCCCAUCUUACUCCUCAUCACUGAGACCGUAAUCAAAGCGGUCCAGGUGUACCACCUCCUUCACGAUGUCCUGAAUGGAGACGAGCUGUCCAAGUACGGUAGCAACGAAUGGACGACGAUGUACCUGUCUCUCGUCCUGGCCACUACUCUGAUGUGCACUUUGCUCAUCGUCUUCCGGAUUCUGAUGGUGGGAGGAGUUAAAGCAGGCUUGCGAACCUAUCGGGGCGUCGUUGAAGUGAUUGUGGAGUCAGCCGCGUUGUACUCUGUUGCUCUCAUCAUUUAUAUCUCCUUUAUCGCGCGUGACGACCUGCGCAGCGCCUAUGCCGAUAUCAUCACUGCUUCUAUCAAAGGUAUCGCACCUACUCUUCUUGUCGGACGCGUCGCCGCAGGGCACGCUCGUCCGAACGACACCUGGAAAGAAAGCCGUUUGUCCUCGCUUCACUUUGGACAUGGUGCUCGUACCCAGAUGAGUACUAUUGGUGGCAUCAGUGUUACACGGAGCGUGGUGCUCCCGGAUGAAGAGAGCAAUUCUGGCAAUGAUUGCUUGACGAAAAAGGUUCUCGAACCAGAAGCGAAAGCAGAGAAUGUAUGA